AUGUAUCUUGACCUCGCCCGCGCUCGUCGAAAAGGCUCAAAGAAUGCGACCGGUACGGAGAUGCGUCCCGCCUUGAGUUUGAGUAGUGGCCGGCGUGCCGAACUGCCGCGGGAAGUGCUCUUGGCUCUGCGAAGGCCCUCGCUGAAGGUGAAGCAGCGACCUGUUCAAGCAGCUGACGGCGAGAGCGACGACACGGCAUGGUGGCGAAGGAUGAUACUCCGUACUCCCUACUUGGUUGUACUUGAGUAA